AUGGUCGUUGAUUCUAACGCAACGCUAACAGUAACAGGAAUCAUACACUUUGGACCUGAUGCCCGCCUCGUCGUCCGUCCCGGCGGCAAGCUCGUGGUGGACGGCGGCACACUGACCUCCGCCUGUCCCAGCGAGAUGUGGCAGGGCAUCGAGGUGGUGGGCGACCCCACCAAGCGGCAGAUUCCGCAAUGGCAGGGAACAGUUGAGCUGAAGAACGGCGCGGUCAUCGAGAAUGCCUUCUGCGGUAUCCAUACAGGAUACCAUGGUAAUGCCGCGUAUGCCACCACCGGAGGCAUCAUCACCGCCGACAGCGCGUUCUUCAUCAACAACCGGCGUGCCGUGGCUUUCCUUUCCUAUACCAACCAUUCACCGGCUGGCACCAUUAUGGACAACCAAAGCAGCUUCAGCAGGUGUGUGUUCACCGUGGACAACAACAAUCUCUUCUCCCAGAACAGCACCGACUUCCUUGACCACGUCACGAUGUGGGAGGUGAGAGGGGUGAAGUUCCUGGGCUGCACGUUCACCAACCAGACGAACGAACGUCACCAGCGUCGCCACGCCAUCUAUGCCGAUGAUGCAGGGUUCAAGAUAGACACUUACUGCAAAAGUCCCACGAACAUUUUUCUCGAUUGCGAAUGCCCGGAGGCUCUUUCGACAUACAACACCUUCUCUGGGUUCAGCACGGCGGUGGAGGUGCUCACCACGGGCGUGCAACACGCUGUCCAGAUCAACCAUGCGCUUUUCAGCAACAACCAUACGGCUGUGAAAAUUGACGGCAACCAUUUUGCCAGCGUGACGCGGUGCGAGUUUGACCUCGAGCAGGUGCCAGUCCAGUCGCUGAGCAACAGAGGGUUGGAUUUGAGAACCUGCACGGGUUAUUUGGUGGAAGGCAACACUUUCAGCCGGAGCACUUACAGCGACCCCACGCUGUUUGCCUCGACCGGCAUCUAUGUUGACAAUUCGGGGAACAGCGACAAUCUUCUGCAUCGGAACACGUUCGAGAAAUUGGGUUAUGGCAUCAGCGUGAAUGGUGCGAACGGGGACAGUCGGGCAGGUUUGCAGGCCACCUGCAACGAUUUCAACCACAACAAGUACGACAUAUACAUGACCAACGGAUCCUCCAUGCGGAAUACGCAGGGAUGGAGCAACAAUGGUGCCGACAAUAGUUUCGUCAAUACACAGACAAGCAGUUUCCGCUAUGUGGGUUCGCCAUCAAUCACGUAUUACUAUAGUAGCGGCGGUUAUCAUACACCCUACAAUCUCAAUAACUCUUACGUGAAUGAGAACAGUUCAGCCGCAGCCAACCCCUGCUCCUCCACAUUGUGCAAUGAUGGAUGGAGUCAGCCAAAAUUGGCGGAGUUCCAGUCCGAUAUGGAUGCCUAUACAGGUUCAACCCAAUCGUUGUCUGAGACUUAUCACGCAAUCGUGCGCGCCAUUAUGUCCGACACCGUGCUGGAUCUCAACGAGUUGGAGAUGUGGCACACCGCCGCGCAACCCAUCGCCGACCCGUAUUCGUUGACGGAGACGAGGUUCAUGGAGGGUUAUGCGGAAAUUUUCGCAGAAAAUGCGGAAACGGAUGCGGAAACGGCGAACUAUGCGGAAUUUCAUGCGCUGAAAUUGGCGUUGCGGGAAGUUAAUGACGGCAUCGUAGGGGCGAAUAAUCAUUCGCCCUUACAAACGGACGGCCACAUCAAUUGGUACGCAUUGACACCCGCCCAGAUUGCGCAAUUGCAGACGAUUGCCGAACGCAACACCGGCCGCGCCUCGGUGAUGGCCAAGGGGGUGCUGUGUUUCUUCCACGGGAUUUGUUACGAGGACGAAUGGGAUAACGCGCAGAACCCUUACCCGCCUUACGAUUUCAAAGCCGCCAAUGCGGACGGCGACACCCUCUAUUACCGAAUCACCUCCUCCACGGCUCCCUUCACCGUGGCUGUGACGAGGUGCCACGACUCGGCAACAUACGCUUUACAGCUGUCGUUGAGUGACUAUGACACGUUGGUGGUUGUGCCGGAAACGGUGAGUUUCGGCGAGGUUAUCUACUCCGUCAUCGCUGUGGAUGAACGGGCAUUUUCGCUGCAGCAAGGAAUCCGCACAGUGCAACUCCCCGCGAGUGUCCUAAACAUUGGCGCAAGUGCUUUUGCCCAUUCUUCACUGCUGAAUUUCAUCAUUCCCGCCACGACGACAUUUGUCGGCGACAGCACUUUCGCCUAUACACUGGUUGAGUCUAUGGAAAUUCCCGGCAACAUCCCCGUUUUGAAGACAGGAACAUUCGUUGGCUGCUACAGCUUAAGUUCCCUUAUCUUGAACGAGGGACUUCAGGAAAUCGAGGAAAACAUCUUUUCCUCCAAUUGUAUCCAAACAUUGGUGUUCCCAGCGUCUCUUCGCAAGUUCAGACCGCUCACCAGUGGCAACCUUCCUUGUAAACGGAUUGUGUUUCAAUCGGAUUCCCUUCAUCCGGACGACACCUUGUUCCUUGCACCUUCUUGUUUUAGGGGGUUGAGUCAACAUUUGCAACAAGUUGACUUUUCCGACAAUAUUUUCCAAUUGCCCAACAGCUGUUUUGCCGGUUUCCGUGGCUUAGUGGGGACUGUGACCCUACCCAGUCGUUUAACCGUGGUUCCCUACCGCUGCUUUUACGAUUGCGAGUUGUUUGAUGUCCAGUUUCCGUCAACUCUUGAUACCAUUGCAGAUCAGGUGUUUAUGAAUUCCUUUGUUAAUCAUCCCGUGUUUACUAUUCCUGCGGGCAUAAAACACAUUGGCUCACGAGCUUUUUAUAAGGGCGAUAUGGCGUUCAUCACGAUGGAAGGAGAACAACCGCCCACUUUGGGAGAAAAAGCUUUCAACACGAACCGCACACUUGAAAUCACCGUGCCGUGCGGUAGCCUGCCGCAAUACCUUGCCGCACCCGAUUGGUCGUCAUUACCGACACACCAGACCGUCACCAUUGAGGAGGAUUGUGUCGGAGUGGAAGACCAUGACCUCGAGUUCAAAAUC